AUGAGCACGGCGGCGGCGGCGGCGGCGAGGACGACGGUUGACGAGGGCUACGUGCCGCAGGAGUGGCAGCAGAGGAUAUUGGGGACGGAGGGGCUCAGCAUACGAACGGGACCGAUGGAGCCUGCCCUCUUCACAGGCACCAUCCCAAUCCACUUCGCCUCCGUCGUCUCCCGCCACGGCGACCGUCCCGCCGUCAUCGCCCGCUCGCCAACCCCCAACGCCCGCGAGUCUACCCUCACCUACCACGCCCUCGACCUCGUCUCCAACCGCCUCGCCUCGUCCCUCUCCUCCAUCGGCGUCCGCAAGGGCGACCGCGUCGCCGUCAGCCUCGGCAACAGCGCAGAGUUCGCCGCUUUGACCUACGCCCUAUUCAAGCUCGGCGCCGUCCUCGUCCCGCUCAAUCCUACCUUCAACGCUCAGCAGGUGACUGCCGCGCUGAGCCACCUCAACGCCGAGGUGCUCAUCAUCGGCGCCGUCACGGACCUCGCGUAUCGUCCUGGAAGGGGGCGUAGUAAUAAGCAGUUGCUGGAGACGAUUGUGGGCGACUUGCAGCGGAGCAGGAUCCAGAGCGAGGCCGUCCCCAGUUUGAAACGUGUCGUUGUGCUGGAUAACCGUGCUAGCCAUCCUGGUGUCAACUUUCCGUUGGACCAGUUCGCUGCGUUGAGUUCGUAUGAGACUCUGCUCGAGGGCUCUGAUCGUGCCGUCAAGCCUGACGCGCCCCUGGAUCCCGCAGACACCAUCAACAUCCAGUUCACUUCCGGCACGACAUCCGCCCCCAAAGCCGCACAGCUCUCGCACACGGCCAUCCUCAACAACGGCGCCUUCAUCGCCGACCGCAUGGGCCUCGACCCGUCCGACCGCAUCGUCGUGCCGCCGCCGCUGUUCCACUGCUUCGGCUCCGUGCUCGGCUACAUGGCCACAGCAACCACCGGCGCCGCCAUCCUGUUCCCGUCGCCGGCGUUCGACCCCGUGGCCACGGUGCGCAUGGCCGCCGACACAGACGCCACCGGCUUAUACGGCGUAAGCACCAUGCUCGUCUCCAUCUUCGAGGCCCUGGACGAAGGUAGCCUCAACCUCCCCGUGCCGCAGCGUCUGCUCAAGGGCAUCGUCGCCGGCAGCAGCGUGCCCGAGUCCCUCAUGCGCACCAUCUACAAGCGCCUCGGCCUGCAGGACCUGGUCAUCUGCUACGGCAUGACGGAGACCGCACCGGUAAGCUGCAUGACCCGGCCUUCAGACCCCUUUGAGCAGCGCACCUCGUCCGUCGGCACGCCCAUGCCGCACACCACGGUCAAGAUCGUCGACCCGCUCGACCACACCCGCGUCCUUCCCCUGGGUGAGCGCGGCGAGCUGGCCGCCUCGGGAUACCUCGUCAUGAAGGGCUACUUUGGCGACCCUGAACGCACCGCCCAGGUCCGGCGCACCGAAUCCGACGGCCGCACGUGGAUGUAUUCCGGCGACGAGGCCGAGAUGGACGCCGACGGCUUCGUCCAAAUCACCGGCCGCAUCAAGGACCUCAUCAUCCGCGGCGGCGAAAACAUCCACCCCCUAGAAGUCGAAAACUGCCUCUUCCAGCUCCCCGGCGUGCAGGAAGUCUCCGUCGCCGGCGUCCCCGACGAGCGUCUAGGUGAAGCCGUCGCUGCCUUUGUCAUCCCUCGCCACGGCUGGACAACCUCAGACGCACAGCGAGAGGGUGAUGAGGCUGCGCGGAGAUUGUCCAAGGACCGCGUGCGCGAUUGGGUAAGGACGAACCUGUCGAGCCACCUGGUGCCAAAGUAUGUCUUCUGGGUUGAUGAUUAUCCUAAGACGGCGAGCGGCAAGAUUCAGAAGUUUAAGUUGCAGGAGAUGGCCAAGAAGAUACUAGCCGACGAGGCAUGA